GAGACAAGUAUCUCGACACCUGCCAGGGAACAGGAGACUUCGCUCUGAAGCAGCUGAUAAACAAGCGUGAAGCAUGAGGAUAAACUCUGCUAUUCAGGCUGCUAUUGACCUCACAGCAGGAGCUGCAGGUGGGACAGCAUGCGUGGUGACUGGCCAGCCCUUUGACACUGCAAAGGUGAAGAUGCAGACGUUCCCCAACAUGUACAGAGGAAUUGUUGACUGUUUUGUGAAAACCUAUAAGCAAGUGGGGUUUCGAGGCUUCUACAAGGGAACCACACCAGCGCUGGUAGCCAACAUCGCGGAGAACUCUGUUCUGUUCAUGUGCUAUGGAUUUUGCCAACAAAUUGUGAGAAGAAUUGUUGGAGUAGACAGGAAAACAAAGCUCAGUGAUCUACAGAAUGCUGCUGCAGGCUCUUUCGCCUCUGCCUUUGCCACCCUUGUCCUCUGUCCCACAGAGCUGGUGAAGUGCCGGCUGCAGGCCAUGCAUGAAAUGCAGUUGUCAGGAAAGAUAAUCCAGGGACACAACACAGUCUGGUCAGUAGUGAAGGGUGUUAUUCAAAAGGAUGGUCCCCUGGGAUUUUACCGUGGCCUGUCAAGCACUUUGCUGCGGGAAGUCCCAGGCUAUUUCUUCUUCUUUGGAGGAUACGAACUGAGCCGGACAUUCUUUGCCUCUGGGAGAUCGAAAGAUGAAUUAGGUCCCAUUCCUUUACUGCUAAGUGGAGGUUUUGGAGGCUGCUGUCUGUGGAUUGCUGUGUAUCCUGUGGACUGUGUCAAAUCUCGAAUUCAGGUUCUUUCAAUGGCUGGAAAGCAGACAGGCUUUAUGGGAACAUUUGUAACUGUUGUGAGAACUGAAGGUGUCCUUGCCUUGUAUUCUGGACUGAAGCCAACUAUGAUCCGAGCAUUCCUGGCCAAUGGGGCACUCUUCCUUGCCUACGAGUACAGCCGGAAACUUAUGAUGAAACGAAUAGAUUCUUACUGA